GAGGAGCUGGUGAAGACUUUACAGGAUCUUCGUCAGUUUGCAUCAAGCCCUGCUCCGCCAACCUCUCAACCGUGCCAGCAACUCGCCCUAUCAAUGAGCCUGAACCGAUGCACGUUGGACGUACGCACCGAUCCACUGAAGAACGAGAACGCCACAUGAGAGAACAUCUAUGCACGACUCGACCGCCACAGCAGUAUACUCCCAGGGUUCAUUUGGUGCUGUUACAGAUAACAUGUCGGUGCUUGUGAUGGAGGGAGAUUCAGUCACACUAAACACUGGUCUUAAAAAAAAACAACAAGACAGAAUUAAUUGGUAUUAUAAUGACAUUCGCAUCGCUCAAAUCAAUGGAGAUCCCAGUAAGACCUGUACAGAUGUUCAGUGUAAAGGUGGUCCAGAGAGAUUCAGAGACAGACUGAAGCUGGAUCAUCAGACUGGAUCUCUGACCAUCACAAACACCACAAACACAGACUCUGGAGUUUAUCAACUACUGUUCACCAGAGGCAACAUUGACAGUGAAAAGAUCUUCAGUGUUACUGUUCGUGUUGUUUCUGCUGCUGAACGAGAGAAGAUGAAGAAAAAGUCAGUGAAGCAGGGAGAAUCUGUCACAUUAGAUCCUUUUGUAACAAAAAACCCAAAUGAUGUGAUGAUGUGGUAUUUUGAUGAUACUCUCAUCGCUGAAAUCACUGGAGAUCAGAGUAAGAUCUGUACAGAUGUUCAGUGUAAUGAGAGAUUCAGAGACAGACUGAAGCUGGAUCAUCAGACUGGAUCUCUGAACAUCACAAAUACCAGAAACACAGACUCUGGACUUUAUGAAUUAAAGAUCAACAGCAUCAGCCGUCGUCGUCGUCGCAGCAUCAGCAGUGUAAAGAGCUUUGACGUUACUGUCACUGGUGAGUGUAAUUUAAUCAUUCAGGCGUUUGGCAGCGAAAACACUCUUACAUUGAAAUAUAAAGAAAAAUGGUAUAGUUACAUCUCUUUAUUUUAGUUUCUCGAUGACUUGUCACUGAUGAAACAGUACUUUUGACAUCACUGUAUGAAACAAGUGUUCACCUUUAAACAGAAUCAGAUUUAGAUUUACUCUCUCAGACCGUCUGAUAUCUCAUUGUGU